UUAAGCAAGCACUGACGACCCAAAAUUAAAUCCUCCAUAUAUACCUCGAUCAUAGUUUAGUACAGUUCGGGAAUCUUGAGGUUUGGUCGUGGAGGAUAGCAGGAUGUUGGCCGUUUUCGAGCAGUGCAUUGGGAAGGCGCCGCCGGAGCUCAACGUCGCGGCGGCGGGGCAGCGGCGGGAAUGUAAUUCCCGGGAGGAGACCGCGGCAAGGUUCCGGUCACGGUGGCCGGACUCCACGCUCUACAAACUUGCUAAUGACAACUUCUUGGGACUGUCUCAUGGUGGUGAAAGCCCCAAACAUCCAAGGUCGAUUGUUGUGAUGGAGGAUAUCUUCUGCAUCUUUUCUGGGGCACUGGACAACAUAUGUGACCUGAGGAAAUACUAUGGGCUUUCAAGACAAGCUACAGAGGCCAUGAUAAUGGUGGAAGCUUAUAAGGUUCUAAGAGACAGGGCACCCUAUCCUCCUGAUCAGGUCAUCAAGGAGCUUGAGGGCAAAUUCUCUUUCAUUCUCUUUGAUUCCAAAACUUCUACUCUCUUUCUAGCCAGGGACCGAGAAGGAAGCGUGGCGCUGCACUGGGGAGUUGGCGCAGACGAAUCGUUAGUAUGUUCCGAUGAUCCGGACUUGAUCAACGCCGCCUGUGGGCAAUGCUACACGCCCUUUCCUCCAGGGUGCAUUUUCAUCAGCGGCAGCGGGCUAACCAGCUUUGAUCAUCCGCUGCACAAGGUUAAGGCGAUGGUGCGCGAGGACGACGGGGCCAAAAUCGAGGCCGUUAUUUUCCAGGUGGAUUUCUACACCAGACUCCAUAGCAUUCCGCGCAGGGGUAGCGCUUCCAACUGGGCUGAUGCGGCCGUCGUUGAGGGAGACUGAGAUAGAUCGAGUGAUCUGCGUUUUAUGGUUUAGGUUUUGAGGCUUUGAUUAAGCAAUCCGAUGUUUAUAUGAUGAUCGUGUGUAAUAACAUCUGAUGGAUGUGAAUUCUUGAAUUGUGUUUAAGGCUGUCUUCUAGCACAAAUUUGUAUGUCUUCUUUUAAGCUAAUAUUUGUCAUGCUGAUGGAUUUCGAUUA